AUUUCUCCACGGAACGCCGAAGCGGACAGCCCCGGGGAAGGAUGGCGGCGCGGCCUCGGCCGCUGUCAGGACCCCGGCGGAGCGCGGGGGGAUUGGGCUGAAGCGGCCCCGGCCCCGACCCCGUGCGGGUAAAAGCGAGCGGCGAGGAUGCGCGUGGCCUGGCCUUCCCUUAGUUCAUUGAAGGCCAGUGUCCCAGAACUCUAAGCUGAGAGAUGAUCUAGCCCAGUCUUCUUGGACAGAAGAGGGUCCUGACUCCAAGAGAGGACAUCAGUCUGAGAAGACAGAAUCCAAAUAAAGAGAGAUGCUGCCUUAAGUUUCAAGUGGAGCGUGUGGUCUAAUGAGUAUCUGGUGUUUCUGCAGGAAAAGCAAAUCCUCAGGGAAAAGAAAAGAAAUAACUCCGACCAGGCUCCCUUCCUGCUUUGUUGCCCUCACUAUGAGCUGUCAAGAGAGGACAUGCCUUUUGUGUGCAUUGUGAUGGGUAACUGAAUUUACGAGCAUCUGAAGAAGUGAUCUCCACCUGGGAAGAUGAGUUACUAUCCCUGUAAAGGGCUGCUAGCACUGGCCUGGCUUUUCAUGAUGCUGAUGGGAGUAAUUCACAGUGACAGCUUAUCUUGAGGCUUUCAAAACGCCACCCUUAUGACAACCUUUGGGAGCUAGAUGGUACAAUUUGCGAAAAUGUUCGGCACAUCUCAGUCUUCCAGAGCCCAGUUCCUGGACAAAGCUCGUCAGGCAAGGGAGGAGAGACGGGGGCAAAAGGAGAAGGAGCGAGCUGCUGUACAAAUACAGGCCGUUGUCCGGAGCUUUCUCUGUAGAUGUCGCUUACAGAAUGACAUUAGGAAAGAGAUUGAUGAUUUUUUUGAUGAAACAGAUCCUGGACCCAGUAAAAGAAGUGCACUUUGUCUUUUUAAGAUUGGCCGGAAGCUGUUGUUCAUAUUCCAGGCUAGCGAGGAUGAAUUGAGGUUUGGAAUGCUGUGUCGCUGCAUCUUAGACAGCAUGAAUGAGAAUGACCCUAAGCUCUGGUACGUGUCCUUGGCACUUAAUAAAGAGCUUACUGUCCUCUGGAUCAAGCAGAUUAAAGAUAUCCUGUGGAUUUGCUGCAAGUUUCUGAAGUACCUCAAGCCUGACAUCUUACAAGACGCUAAACUGAUCUCACUCUACCUCACCUUCCUUGUUAACUUCACAGACACAUCAACAUGGAAAAUCGUCAAAGGAAAAGGGGAGUCCCUUCGGCCUACCAUGAACCAUCUCUGUGCAAAUAUAAUGGGUCACCUCAAUGAGAAUGGAUUGUAUUCUGUUCUACAGAUCCUGUUAAGAAAUGGCCUGGCAAGGUCUAGACCAUCCCUGACAAAAGGCAUGUUAGCUGCAAGCUUUAUUCUGGCUUUGCGCCCUGUGAUUGCUGCUCAUUAUUCGGACAAUCUCUUACGACCACUCCUCAUCCAUAUUAUGUCAGUGCCUGCCCUGGUGUCACAUCUUAGCGUGCUUGCCCCCAAGCGCCUCCUCAUGCUAGAACAUCAUGACUUUCUUCGUAAGUUCAUUCUGUUUCUGAGUCGCAGGGAUCGAUGUUUCGACGUCUGUGCAUGCCUAGAAGGGAGUCACACUCUCUGUUUACUAGGCAACAUCAUACACUUGGGUUAUCUUUCAUCCAGAGUGUUGGAGGAGGAGACGAGGCAUUUUGUGAAAGUACUCAUUCAGACCCUGUCCUAUUGCCAGCAGUAUGUGGCCCUGAAGAGGUCUAACCUGACACACUGGCACCCUGUCCUCGGGUGGUUCUCCCAACCGGUGGACUACGGGCUGAAUGAAUCCAUGCCUUUGCUCACCAAACAGCUGCAGUACCUGUGGGGGGUGAAGAUUAUCCGGAUCCUCUUCAGGGACAUCCUAAGCAAGAAGCUGCUGGAGAACCCUGAGCCCAGUCAGGCUGCAGCCAUGACAUCAACCACUCCUCCAAACAGCCUCCCCGUGAAGAGUCUCUUCAAGCGGGCGUUCCAGAAGUCCUCAUCAGUUCGCAACAUCCUCAAGCCCAUCGGUGGGAAGCGUGUGGAUUCUCCAGAAGUACAGAAAGUCUGCAGUGUCUGUGUGCUGUACCAGACUGCUCUGACCACCCUCACCCAGAUCCGACUGCAGAUCCUCACAGGCCUAACUUCCCUAGAUGACCUUCUGCCAAAACUAUGGGCAUUCAUCUGUGAGCUGGGACCUCAAGGGGGAUUAAAGCUCUUUGUGGAAUGUCUCAACAGUGACAAUGAAGACUCCAAGCGACUGCUGGCCAUGCUAACAUUAUUCUGUGACUGUUGCCGCCACCUCAUCACAAUUCUCGAUGACAUUGAAGUAUAUGAAGAACAAAUCUCCUUCAAGUUAGAAGAGCUGGUCACGAUCUCCUCUUUCCUGAACACCUUCAUCUUCAAAAUGAUCUGGGAUGGACUUCUGGACAAUGCCAAGCCGGAGACCCUGGAGUUGUUCUUUUCGGUCCAUGGGUGGCUGAUGGUGUUGUAUGAAAGAGACUGCCGUCGACGCUUUGCCCCCGAGGAUCACUGGCUGCGGAAGGAUCUCAAACUCAGUGUGCUUUUCCAGGAGCUGGAGAAAGACAGGAAGCGUGCCCAUCUGCUCCUGCAGUUCAUCCCUCACGUCAUUCCCCACAAGAACAGAGUGCUUCUCUUCCGGAACAUGGUGAUGAAGGAGAAGGAGAAACUUGGGCUUGUGGAAACCAGUUCUGCUUCCCCUCAUGUGACGCACAUUACCAUCCGAAGGUCCCGCAUGCUAGAGGAUGGCUACGAACAGCUCCGACAGCUCUCCCAGAAUGCCAUGAAGGGUGUGAUCCGAGUGAAGUUUGUCAACGACUUGGGGGUAGACGAGGCUGGCAUCGACCAGGAUGGUGUGUUCAAGGAGUUCUUGGAAGAGAUCAUCAAAAGGGUGUUUGACCCAGCACUGAAUCUCUUCAAGACAACCAGUGGGGAUGAGAGACUCUACCCAUCGCCCACAUCCUACAUCCAUGAGAACUACCUACAGCUCUUUGAGUUUGUGGGGAAAAUGCUGGGCAAGGCCGUGUACGAGGGGAUUGUAGUAGAUGUGCCUUUUGCUUCCUUCUUCCUAAGCCAGCUUCUUGGACACCAUCACAGCAUCUUCUACAGCUCGGUGGAUGAGCUGCCGUCCCUGGAUGCGGAGUUCUAUAAAAACCUCACUUCUAUUAAGCGCUACGAUGGAGAUGUCAGUGACCUGGGCUUGACACUGUCCUACGAUGAAGACGUGAUGGGCCAGCUUGUUUGCCAUGAACUGGUUCCUGGAGGGAAGACAAUUCCGGUUACAAAUGAAAAUAAAAUCAGCUACAUUCAUCUAAUGGCCCAUUUCCGGAUGCACACGCAAAUCAAAAGUCAGACAGCCUCUCUCAUCAGUGGAUUCCGCUCUAUUAUCAAAUGGGAAUGGAUUCGAAUGUUCUCCACCCCUGAGCUGCAGCGCCUGAUCUCUGGUGACAAUGCGGAGAUCGACCUGGAAGACUUAAAGAAACACACAGUAUACUAUGGUGGUUUUCACGGGAGUCAUCGAGUCAUCAUUUGGCUCUGGGACAUUCUGGCCAAUGACUUUACCCCAGAGGAAAGAGCUAUGUUUCUGAAGUUUGUGACCAGCUGUUCGCGGCCCCCACUCUUAGGGUUUGCCUACCUCAAGCCUCCUUUCUCCAUCCGCUGCGUCGAGGUGUCUGAUGACCAGGACACGGGAGACACGCUGGGCAGUGUGCUCAGGGGCUUCUUCACCAUACGCAAGAAGGAGCCGGGGGGCCGCCUGCCCACCUCCUCCACGUGCUUCAACCUGCUCAAGCUGCCCAACUACAGCAAGAAGAGCAUCCUUCGGGAGAAGCUCCGCUACGCCAUCAGCAUGAACACCGGCUUUGAGCUCUCCUAACCCUGCCCCGUCCUCCCUCCCCUCCCCCCAGUGUGGCUAGGCAGGUGGCUGGCUGUUUGCCCCCUCCUCCUCCUCCUCUGAACGUUUGUGCUCGGCCUCAUGUAGGCAGGAACCUUGGGAGGGCGCGAGGUGCACAAGACAAUGUUUUCAUAGAAGGGGCCAGGCUAGGUGGGCUCGCUCUUUAACAGCGGGAGGGUGCACGCUGCGGCCUCAGAAAACUGCCGCUGAUCACUUUAGAAGAAAUACUCUCCGGGGCCUCGACCAGCCUGAGCUCGGAGCCCGAGGCGGGCUCAGACUGACCCGUUUUGUCCUGCUCUUCCCUGACCUGAGGCCUGAGCCGUGUGUCUGGACGUGCUUUGCUUCUGUCUUCUUCUAUUUUGUCUGUUGUUGUUUGGAAACUCUUCUGAGCAAAGUGGCGUCUCCAGAGGUCUGAGGAGGGCCUGAGCAGCCCAGGAGGCUGCCCUUUGAGCCCCCAGAGUAAAGAUACUGCCUAAAGUUCCUUCAGAGCCUUCCUUAGGUCAGGCCUUGUGGCCGCGACGUCCUAAGCCAUCCCACACCAAGCCAGGACUCCACCUCCCCAGGCAGAGACAGCCAUUUGUGGGCAGCUGUUUGUUCUGCCAGUGCCAGGGGCAGAUGGCUGGUGGGGACCGAGGAGAAAAAGAAAACAACUUCUCUUCGGCACCAGCCGGACAGCUAAAGACCUCAAGGUUGCUGCCUCCUGGGAGUCCAGUGAACUGUGGACGAGACCAGGAAAGUUCUGGAGCCUCUGCUCUUGGUACUGCUCAGAUCCGGCCCCAAAGGCCCGUUCUCUUGCAUCUGGGAAGCCCUGAGCUCUCGAUGAGAGCCAGUUCUAAAUGAUAGCUCUGAAAAGUCCCUGUCCCGCCCUAUUAAAAGAAAGUACUCAAGCCUCAUGCUUUUUUACAGAAAUGAAACCAGAAUUUAAGAUUCUCCAUCAGGGUUGACACACCUUCUCUUCUCACAAAGAGCUUCUUUUCUUGGGUUGUUUGUACCCCGCUCUGAACAUUGGCACCCCUGAGCAGAUGGAGCUGCCUGCCCCUCCUCGUGGCAUCGUUUUAGAUCACUUCUGGCAUCCCCAGACCUCCUUUGGGCCUGGGAGGACCAGUCGUGAGUUAAAGGAGCAAUUGCCCUUCAGGACCAGCUCCUUCCCAAAGGUGGGCACAGUCGCUCACCUAAUGAGAACCCGACCCAUUCACCGAGAAGUCACGGCCCACCCCAUUUGGCCAAUCUCCAGGCCACAAACUUUGUGUUGUCAGAUGAAGUUAUUACCAGAAGGUCCACUGUCCCUUCCUAAGUGAACCACCCAGGAUGCCCCAUCUGUGGUGGGUGUGGAUAUCCUGAUUCCCCUUUACAUUGAGCUCUUUCUCUCUCUGCCACCAUCAUGAGAAAGUGGGCUCUGGGCUAGUCUCUUGAGCUAUCGAGGCUCCAGUGCCAUGCUCGGGCCACAGCACUCAGAAUUGCCUUCCCCACCUGCCACGUGCAGCGAUGGCCCACGUGGUCUGGUGUCUGCCCAGCCCCAACUGCAGAACUGGGCCAGGCAGAGGCCAUUCUCCCCUCCUGAAAUGGAAGGCUGCCAGGGUGUGGGUGUUUGAGACGGAGCCUUGGUUAGCUUUGCCUACCAGACAGGUUUGGGCCUGUAAAGAGAGAGGUUUGUUUUGGAAACAGUGUUGUGAGCAUCCACAUUUAAAGGCCGCAGAAUUUGUGCCCCCAGAAUACCCCAACAUGUUAACUUUGUGGUCCUGCCAGCUGAAAAGAUCUUAUUUCAACCUAUGCCAUUGCCUUUUGAUUCCUUGCAAGAUAACUACAAGACCAUGCAUGCAUGGACGUGGGGGCCAAUAGUUUAAAAAGCAAAAUCAUGGUUGUACGACUAGAAGACAGAACCCAUCCGCCAUUUUGCUUUUUCAUUCCCAGUGCAUGAAGAUGGAAGGGUUAGGGUGGUGGUGCCAGGCAGGUCAGGGAGGGAGGGAGACGAUUCCAUAUCCCUGUAUAAAACUUAGCAUUUUAAGUCCAAAACCACAGAAUCUUGCCUUUUUGUGGCUAAUGUGCAAACCGUGAGUUUUGCAUAUUAGAUCUUGACUGAUGGCUAGAAAAAAGGUUGGUUGUUUUUCAUAAAUAACUAAUGCGUUAAGAUGUGGCCGAAGGCAUUAUUACAUUUUUGCCUCAUUGGGUGAUCGCUUUUGCCCUCUUUGUCCCGUGGCUCUCUCUGUUUCCGAGUUAUGAACAGGAGCCAAGAGAGAAAGAUUGGACCAGUUGAAAUGGAUUUUUCCCCCUAUAGAGAAUCCCAGUCCUCAGCCUGACCUCGACCUUGUAAGAGCCAGUGGAGGUCCAUGAUGAGCAUGUAUGGCCUGCGACACAUUAUACAAGGGGGUUGGCCUAAGAGGAGAGCUAUAAUGGGAAAAAUGAUGGAUAGGCAGCGUAGGAUUUCCAUUAGUUUCUGAAGUAGAAGAAAUACAGAGUUAAAUUGUGAUAAAACCCAGCCCCGGUACUCAUGGAGCUAAGACAGAAUCGAAUACGCAACUUUACCAUGAUAAGUGAAUUAGAAAUACAGAGCAAAGUGCUAUCAGAAGUCCAAGGGGAAAAGGAUGAUCAGGGAGGGCUUCCUGGAGGAUGAGGGUCCACGGGGCGUCCCAGGCAGAGGGGAACAAUUUUGGCAAAGGCAGUCUGUUGGUUGGCCUCUCCAGUUACCAGCAAUCUUUUCAUUGUGAAAUAAAAUUGCCUUUUCUCCGUC